GAAUGCAGUACUGAAGCAUGGAAUGAUUCUUCAACAGGGCAAAUUUUCUUUCGAUGCUGCCCCGGGAGCAGAGAUUGUAGCGACAAAAACACAGGCGUGUGUUGUCCGGAUGAAGCAGACUGUACACAGACAAUCAGUAAACCAGCACACUGCGCCAACGAAACCUGGGAUCUUUUUGGAAACACUGUGGACGGCGGAUAUUUCUGUUGUGAGCAGGGAAAAAACGGAUUUCGUAGCCGUGUGGGGGUUGGGUGUGCUGGGAAAGGGGAUCCUACCCAUUCCGAUGCGCAGAUGCUGUCGGUAGUUUCACCUGGUAAGAUUCAAAUCCUGCUUACUCGGUAUGAGCCCAACUCUGAUAUAACUAGGCGCGACCCCAAAGUCGAGCAGCUCCCCAGCAUCGAUUCAAAUACUGGCGCUAUCGCAGGUGGUGUGGUUGGUGGCGUUGCUGGGUUAGCAAUUAUUAUCGCCUUAUUUUGGUAUUUCAUGCGUUGUCGCUCACAGAAGCAACCACCUCAAGAGGAAACACCCAUCACGGAAAUAUUGAUGAUACAACCUGGCCAUGUCCAGUCCUCGGGCAAACCGAGCGAGUUGGACGGUCGAGGCUAUGUGACAGAGCUACCUAGCUGCAUGGAGAAUACCCCUAUCCACGAGUUACCGGAAUAUUCGAGGACUCGAUGA